GUCGACCUUCAAACCGAGUCCACUGCCAUCCAACGCUACGCCUAUUCUAGAGCAAUGGCCAUGUCCCAAAAUGACUCUUUCUUCAUGGGGCUUGUCGGUCUUUACAUUCUCGACCCUAUACCGUACUAAUCGGCCCCUGAAACACUACCCACUUCGUUGGGCUAUUUAUUAUGUAGUCGAUGACGGGCGCUACACUAACCCUGUUUUCCCCCACACCUUCACGCUAUGAACGACGAAGGUUCAUCGAAGAUUCCCGAACUGCCUACCGAACUCGAAAGAGAAAUUUUCGAGCUUACGGCGACACUGUAUCCCGGUAGUGCCUACCAGCUAACUACUGUCUCAAAGCGGGUCCAAAUAUGGAUGGAAAUUCUUAUAUACCAAACGGUCGUCCUUGCCUUCCCAAAGUCGCGGACGAACCUCUUCUUGCGGACAGUCGACUCUCGACCUGCCAGCUUUUUCGCCGGCCACGUCAAAAAUCUGUACCUCCCCUUCGUGAGCUAUCCAGACGCCCAGAAGGUUCUCUCCGUAUGCACCGGUGCAACCAACCUUGCUUGCUGGAUGGCUACCCCCAGUCCAGAGCUACUCUCCCUUCCUCGACAACCCAUAGAGCGACUGUCCGUGAGUAUCGCUACCCUUAUGCAAUCGUGUGAAACACACAAGCCGGCCUUUUUCCAUACGGCUUUCCGAGCGUUGACCCACUUGGAUAUUACCGAACCCUCAAACCCGCUGGUGGAUACUGAUUGGUCGGCUCUGUAUACACUCCCAAAACUCACGCAUAUCUCAAUUGGGAACUUAGCGGAGAGCCACCAUCUAUUCCUGCUCAAGGAACUGCUGGCGAACUGUGAAUCACUGCUUUGUUUGGUGGUGAUUUCAGAUGACGGGGAGUUCACCAAGCAUAUUAACGAGGAGAUAUAUGACAAGAGGCUGAAAAUACUUCCGUAUUUUCACUAUCCCAAAGACUACCUCACGUACUGGAAGGAUGUUCAGAGAGGCCUGUCGGACUUCUGGGGAUAUUUGGAAGAUAAUUGAUGGUGGGCGCGCCGCCGCCUUAUUACGUAUACUGAUACAUUACUACGUAGCGAGCG